UCUCUGCCACAAACACCACGCUCAAGUUUGAAAGCAAAGAGAUCACCGAUCGAUCAGCGAUGAAGGCGCCACUGAGCUCCUCGUCCUCCACCUCCUCGUUCUGCUCAUCGAUCGCAAAGAAGGCGCGCUUUUCGCCGCUGCUACUCGCAUUGGCACUCUUCCUACUUUGCUUCUCCUUCCUCUACGGCGAGGACCUCAAGGAGCUCCUCGGCCGGCAAGCGCAAGUAGCAUCACAGCUCGUCGUCAACAGCAGCAGCAGGAACAAUGGUGGCGAUGAGCAUCCGGCAGCGCCACCACCCGAGGCGGCCGAGGGGAAGACGAAGACGAAGAGGAAGUGGCAGGGGCGUCUGGCGUUCGCGCUGAACGACGACGACGAGGACGAGGAGUGCGACGUGUUCUCCGGGCGCUGGGUGCGCGACGACGCGUCGCGCUACCCGCUGUACCGGGAGGAGGACUGCCCCUACAUCCACCCGCAGCUGACCUGCCAGGCGCACGGGCGGCCGGACGCCGCGUACCAGCGGUGGCGCUGGCAGCCGCACGGCUGCGCGCUGCCGGCGUUCGACGCCGCCCGGGUGCUGGAGGCGCUGCGCGGCAAGCGGAUGCUGUUCGUGGGCGACUCCCUGGGCCGCGGGCAGUUCGCGUCCAUGGUGUGCCUGCUCCACUCCGCCAUCCCGGGCGGCGGCGGCUCGUCGCUCCGGAUGUCGCCGGACCAGCAGCACACGGUGUUCGCCGCCGGCGGGGGCUACAACGCGACGGUGGAGUUCUACUGGGCGCCGUUCCUGCUCGAGUCCAACUCGGACGACGCCGCCGCGCACCGGAUCUCCGAGCGCAUGGUGCGGCGCGGCUCCAUCGACUACCACGGCCGCCACUGGAGGGGCGCCGACGUCGUCGUCUUCAACACCUACCUCUGGUGGUGCACCGGCCUGCGCUUCAGGAUCUUGAACGGGCCGUGGGAGAGCGCCGGGACGGAGGGGGCGGUGAGCUGGGUGUCGACGGAGGAGGCGUACGGGAUGGCGUUCCGGGACAUGCUGCAGUGGGUCAGGGACAACAUGGACCUGAACACCACCAGGGUCUUCUUCACCAGCAUGUCGCCCACGCACCAGAAGAGCCAGGACUGGGGCGACGCGGCGGGAGGCAACUGCUACAACGAGACGGCGAUGAUCUCGGAGGCCGGGUACUGGGGCUCGGACGGGCGGCGGAGCGUGAUGCGGGUGAUCCGGGAGAUCCUGGACGGCGACGGCGCCGACGUGCCGCUGACCUUCCUCAACGUGACGCAGCUGUCCAUGUACCGCAAGGACGCGCACACCUCCAUCUACAAGCGGCAGUGGAGCCAGCCCACGGCGGAGCAGCUGGCGGACCCCAAGACGUACGCCGACUGCGUCCACUGGUGCCUCCCGGGCCUCCAGGAUACGUGGAACGAGCUCCUCUACUCCAAGCUCUUCUACCCUUGAUCGCCGUCAUGAAGUUACUAUUGUCGUGUCAGCCUGUUGUAAUUGAGUAAAUGGCCCACCAUUACAGCUCGAUCAGCAUAAGAAGAAGGGAGGAGCAGCACCAAGAGAUAAUAGCUAGGUUAGCUUUAGGAACCGUUUAUUUUGCAAAAAAGUUUACACAGUACUCGUCACAUCGAAUUUUCGGACAUAUACAUGAAGUAUUAAAUGCAAUAGUAAAAUAACUAA